GGGGGACGGAGGACUCCUCAAUAGUCUCACGCUUCGCCACUAGAUCGUGUCUCCCUCCGCGCCAAUUCCACCCUUCCCUUCUCGAAAAUUUCCCUCAUAUCGGGAGCUCAAAACGUUUGGAACAUCGUGAAACCACCUUCGCAAUAUUCGAUCCCACCCACGUCCCAGAUCACUCGCCCCCAGCACAAUGUGGGUGACGCUCCGUGGCCUCUGUGUCAACUGAUCGUAGUUUUUUUAUGCCAGCGCUUCGCAAUUUGGUGUUGAGGAGUUGGGUUCUCAAAUUGCCGCAACGGGCCUGAAGGGGAUUAAGCGGCUGCGUUGUUAUCAGUAAGUAGGUGUUCGGGUUGUGUGCUGUAAGGAUUAUGGCUGCAGGUGGGAAGAGAGAGGCGAAAGAUCCUUUGGAUUACUUGACAGAGGCGUGGCGGGUGCUGCGAUUGUCGGUUCGAUGUUCGACGCGGGUGCCCACAUGGGAUGCUGUUAUGUUGACCGCAGCAAGCCCCGCGCAGGCGAAUCUGUAUCAAUUGCGGUUGGAGCAAGCCAAAAUGCACGGUACGAUCGCCAAAGAGACAGUGGUAUUGGCUGUUCCCGACCCUGAAGGGCGGCGAAUUGGCUCUGGAGCAGCCACAGCGAACGCACUUCGAGCUCUUGCCUGUCAUUUACAAGAUGUGGAGGGGAGUCUAGCAGGACAGGAUCUGACCACGACGACCACGCCACUCGCUUUCGAUCGAAGAAUGCGGGUGCUGCUAUUGCACACUGGCGGUGACUCUAAACGAGUUCCAUGGGCAAAUCCUAUUGGCAAAGCGUUUAUACCGCUACCAUUUUUGGCUGGGGAUGAACCUGACGGACCGAUACUUACUUUAUUCGACCAUAUCCUUGCGAUCUCUGCUGGCGUGCUUCAAUCCUUUAGCAACAAAGGUGGUUUGCUGAUUAUGACUGGCGAUGUCCUUCCAUGUUUCGACGCGUCAUCAAUGACACUCCCCGAGAAUGGUGCCAUUGUGAUCACGGUCCCUGCACCUCUGUCUAGAGCAUCAAAGCAUGGUGUAAUCCUGGGUUCUCAGAGUGAUAAAAACACAAGCACUCUGCCUCUUGUGAUAGACCUGCUUCAGAAGCCGAGUUCAAAGGAAAUGGGAAAGAGGGGGGCGAUGCUGGCAGAUGGCACAGCGCUGUUGGAUACGGGUAUUUUUGUUGUACGGGGAGAUGCUUUCAGCAACCUAGUAGCAUUUGCACUUCUGGAUCCAAACCCAGUGGCAGAUAUUCUUGCAACAGGGGAAGAAGUGAGUUUAUAUGAAGAGGUUGCAGGGGCGUGGGUGUCAGCAAGGCAUGAAUGGCUAGUAUCGCGGCCGCUUGGCAAGAAGCUCAUCAAUGCAUUGGGGUCCAGCAGAUUGUAUCAUCAUUGCGCUGAGGAAUUGGAGUUCCUUCAUUUCGGUACAUCCAGUGAAGUCUUGGAUCACUUGGUAGAGGAUCACAAAGGCCGCGUCUUACGCAAACAGUUCAGUGAUAUUCCUGGAUCUCCUCUGUGCGAAGUGGCAGCAUCAGCAUCUGUCAUUGGCUGUAAAGUUCACCCUUGUGUCUCGGUGGGUGAGGGAAGCUUAGUCUUCAGUUGCACGCUUGUGGCGGGCACAAGGGUUGGCAGCCGGUGUGUAGCCAUGGGUCUUACUUCAGAAGAGCCUGAUUCAAGCUUCACUCUUCCCGACCGCCAUUGCUUAUGGCGGGUUCCGGUCUCAUUGAAAACACUGAGCGGUGCUCAAGUUGUUCUUUGUUGUGGUCUGGAUGAUGACCCCAAGGUUUCUUUUUCAUCUGGAGGCUCGUUUUGUGGUGGACAAUGGGGCAAAUUUAUUAGAGAUCGAGGAAUUUGUAAGAGUGAUCUUUGGGGUCCCAAUGAGGACGAAAACCUCUGGAAUGCUAAGCUAUUCCCUGUUGUGUCACUUCAGGAACAGGGCAUUAGCUUUGCCAUGUGGUUGAUGGGUGCCAGUCGAACAACCUUCGACAAAAACUCUGAGCUUACCCUGUGGUGUACCAGUCAUCGUCUCAGUCUCAGAGACCUUCAUCGUCACAUCAACUUCAAUCAGCUGAACCAUGAAGUUGGUGAGCACAUUGCCACUUUAGCAGGUGCUUUUCUAAAAGCAAGCAUUGUUUGUGGAGCUUUGGGUCGCAAUUUCUCGCAGCUUUGUCAGAGCAUUGCGCUUGGUGGCAAGGAAACCGCUGCUAAGCUGUUUAAGGAAUCAAACUCGUUAAUCACGGAUCUUAAACGCGAAAAUACAGCCUUUGCACCUUCAAGCAGGGUGUGCCAAGCAUUGCUCGAUAUAUGUGAAGCUUGCGGGGACCCUUGCUCUGAGUCUAUUUCCGAUGCCUGCGUCUGGGAUGCAGUAGCUGCGGAAACUGCUGUUGCUGUGGGGCAGAGUGUCGGAGAGAUGGAGGCGGCAAACGAAGAAAUUGCAGUUCCAAUCUCUAUAAGAGCUAUUAUUCGCUCUAGAGUUGAGCUUCCUGUGCGUUUGGACAUUGUUGGUGGAUGGAGCGAUACUCCACCGUGGAGUCUUGAAAGAAUUGGCUGCGUGCUCAACAUGGCUGUGCAACUGGAUGGUCGGUCCCCAUUGUGUGCUGAAGUGCUACUUCAUUCUGAUGGUGCCGGAGUCACUAUUUCUGAUGAGGAAGGAAAUUCAAUAAAAGUUGACGACAGAAGCAGCAUUCAAGUACCUUUCGAUUCGGACGACAGGUUCCGAUUAGUGAAAGCUGCCUUGGUUGUCACAGGUUUCACCAGCAAAAACUCGCUUUCCACUUCAGGGAGGCUCGAUAUCACCACUUGCUCGAACGUACCACGUGGAAGUGGACUAGGAGUAUCUAGUGUACUGGCAGCUGCAGUGGUGAAGGGCCUUCUCGAAGUCAAGCAGGGUGACACCUCUUCGGAGAAUGUGACUAGGCUUGUUUUGUUCUUAGAACAGAUCAUGGGCACCGGAGGCGGGUGGCAAGACCAAAUUGGUGGUGUGUAUCCAGGCAUUAAGUGUACGACAAGUAUGCCAGGGCGGCCGAUUUCUCUCAAAGUUGAGGCUGUGCCCGUGAGUGACGCCUUGAGACAAGAACUUGAGACUCGGAUGUUGGUUGCUUUUACAGGACAGGUGAGGUUGGCACACAAAGUGCUACAAAUUGUUGUUCGGCGCUAUUUACAACGUGAUGCACGUCUCAUAGCUGCAAUCAAUCGGCUCGCCGCUCUUGCCAAGCUAGGUGAAGCCGCCUUCGCAGCAAAUGACUUGGAUGCUAUUGGCGAGAUUAUGACGGAAGCCUGGUUUUUGCACCAGGAGCUCGAUCCAAAUUGCAGCAACUCCUUCGUGGAUUCUUUGUUUCAGAAAGUGAAACACUUAAGUUGCGGACACAAGCUUGUUGGUGCAGGUGGAGGGGGUUUUGCCAUCUUCAUAGGCAAGGAUAAGAACGCAACUGAAGAGAUGAAAGUUCUGCUUCAGAGCGUUGGUCCUCCGGUUCAAGUGUACAGUUGGGCUUUGUUCGAACCUGAAUCAAAAGUUGUUGCCGAACUUGAUUAGAACUCUGAUUAAUAUAGUCUAAACUUCACCUUGUAUGCCAACAAGGGUCAUAGCGAGAUAGGUGUUACGCGAAGUUGAUGAAUUUGGUCCAUCAGCCGUCUUGUCAUCAUUGUCCGGACUCAAAUGUUAUUGGAACAUAUUGAACACGUGAGGUAGCCAUUUCACAGAAAAGUUCCAUUGAAUUGCCUGUAUCCAGUUCACCUAUCUCUGGGCUGACAACAAACUUUACGGUACUUUAUGUAGCAAUUUUUGAUAAAUCUGAAGGAGGAGAUUAGAAGAACUCACUCACUUUCUCGAUGUUCUAGCACAUCGUGGAAGUGACGUGGCUGGUGGCUACGAUUUUUGUUAUCUUGAUUGAGAUAGCUUAUUUCUCUGCAUGUAUUUUGAUAUUUCUGUUCACAGUCGACUAGUAGUGAUGUUCGCGUAUGACUUAUUGUAUGUUUGCCUUUCGUGGGGACAGUUCCUCUUCAACACUGGACAAGGACAACACAUUGAGACUGCUCUCUACCAGUACCUAUCUCAGCGAUUGCCCAAACAGUGCAAAAAAACUGGAGUUGGGCCAGAUAGCAAUCUGGCUCUCGAGUGUGCGUGGGCCCUCUGAUGAGGGUGGUGACCGGUGAUCGCGGGGAUGUGCCAUACAUGAUAGCGCGCACGCUUACCAUGCGAGAGGGUAUGGGGAUCGGUACCCCGCUUCUCCAUAGACAUAGCUUCGUAGAUUAAAGCAUCUGUGGAGAAGGCGGGGAAGGUCCUCAGUUCAAUUCUCAGUGGAAGUUCCCUUCUAUCCGUAAUAAGAUUGGAAUCAAAGAUGAAAACUAGAGUUUUA